GCAGACUUCAACUCGUAGCAAGCCAUGGCCAAGUCCUCGAAGAAGCGCUCGAAGAAGAGCUCGAUCUCUCCGCCGUCGUACUCCGACUACUCCGACUACUCGUACGGGUCCUCGGAGGACCGGGAAGAAUUUGCCCACGCCGGCAGUCGCAACUUUGGUUGCACUUGCUGGACCUGGCUCGGGUGGUCAUACCAUCGCUCGCGCAAGGCGAUGCGGGCGGUGGACAAGGCGACCGAGGUGGGCAUGUACAAUCGCAUCAUGGAUGAGGCUGAUGACGAGGCCAAGAGCUCGGCUCGGGUUGUGCGCGUGUUGAGCUUGCUGUGGCUCGUGGCUGCUCUCAUCGCCAUCAUCGUAGUCGUCAUCAUCAGGCCCCCCCUUCCCGAGACCGCAGCUGUCGGCACUAUGCUAGUUUUCAUGUCAGCAAUGGCUCUGGGGGUUGGUUCCGUCGUCUUGGACAAACUGCAGCAGGGCAACAUGACCCGAUGGGCCGAGACCGUGGCCGGGACUACCGAUGGUGUCGUCGAGGCCGAGGCUGUGUUUGAGGGCCGCGGUCGCUGGGCUCGCCAGCGCAUCGUCCUCUCCGUCCCGAAACGCCGGCGCGGGCGCCGCAGCUGAUGGCGGCCCAGCCAUCCACGUACCUUGCGCCCUCCCAUCGCCAACCCCUGGCUCGGAACUAGUCAUGAUUUUGAACAGAUAAACAUCGAUAUCGCCC